CCCCGCUCUCCACCCUCUCAGAUUAUUAUAACCCCGACCCCCUCGCUUCUACCGCGUCCCGCCGGAGUCCUCGAGCCCUCCUCGGUAGCGAAUUCAGGCAAGUGGGCAGGCUUCCCGCACGAUGUCUAGCGCGUCGCGAUGGCCGCCGAGUGCCCCGCUCCGUCCGCGCCUCCGAGCGUUCCGUUCCCGCGCCUCGAGCCGCUGCUGCAGAAGUUCGUGAAGGUCGCCAUCCCCACCGACGCACAGCGCCUCGACAAGCACCGGCUCAACGUGGAGAGGCUGUGCCGUCUGUGCGAGUGGGACCGGCUUCACCAGGAGCAGGUGAACGCUCGGCGCACGGUGCAGCAACUGCUGAUGAACGUGCGGGAGGUGGAGAAGCUGCGGGAGCUGGUGGUGCCGGGCGACGGGCUGGUGUUCGAGCGGACGGUGCGGCCCGCGCGGCGCGAGGCCCGGCUCACCGUCACCCUCCUGCUGGGCCUGGGGGGGGGAGGGGCACCCGGUUUCUGCGGAGCGGGGAGCGGCGCCGAUGGAGGGGGACGGCAGCCGCCGUCGGCGGGAGAGCGCAUGAUCACCAGCUGCCCCUCGCCCAGCGACUUUGCCGGCUACACGGAGCGGCGUUCCUUCUCCUGCUCGGCCGCUACGGAGCAGCUGGGACCGCAAAGCCUCCCCAAUGAGUUUAAAGAAAACGCAGUGUCGCUGUUCGAGUCGGGGCUCAGGGAGGAGGGCGACGCCCCGAGGCCGCCCCUGCCCGAGAGGCCACGGGGCCACGCGGCGUCGGAGUCUUGGACCACUCUGCGGCUGGAUUUGGAGGAGCUCUUGGAGAUGCUUCACGACAAGGAAGUCCGUCUGCCAUCGGGAAUCCUGAGGAGAGGAGCUGGCGGUGGCGGUGGCACAGAGGGGACGGGCCGGCCCGGGCGGAGCGGCGAGGGUGACAGCGUGCGGGACUUGGCUAUGGUGGCGGCGUGGCCCAUGGCCGGGGCUCUCAUCGGCGGCGUCGUGGCCGGGCCCCUCGGCUUUCUCACCGGACUCAAAGUGGCCGCCAUCGCGGCCGUCAUCAGCGGAAGCCUCAUCGGCUUCACGGGCGGAACGAUCAUCCAGAAGUGGAAGGAGCGGCGGCGCGAAAGGCGGCGGCAGGAGCGGGAGAAGCGGGACUAGUGAUAUGCUCCCACGUGGCCGCCCCGUGGGGGGCUGUACGUAAGCCCCCCACACUCCUGCUGGUCCCGGAGAAGUUUUUUUUCAAUGUUGGGGUUGACCGAUGUGGACCGGGUGGGCUUUGGGGUUGCUGAGGUCUCCUCCGGCGUUGCGUGAGGAGUCUGUGGUCUCGGCCUGGCCACCCAUCGCUCUCUGUUGGCCUCCUGCACUUAGUUUGGCUGCAUUCCACCUCCUGUGAUUCCUGAGAAAUCUAACGACGGUUUGACCGUCAUUCGACGGCUCGCUGUGCUCCCUGUGCCAGGCGAGGGGCAUGGCUGGCUACCCUGCGGUGCGCUAGGCACACAGGGCAAAUUGUUUUCCUAGGAGGCGAGGGUUUGUUUUGCUGGGGAGGAGGGGGGGGUCCCGUGCACUUUGUGGAGGUCUGAAGUAAAGCGAUAGGAGUUGCGGAGGUGUUUGGGGCAAGCGCUGUUACGAAUGCUAAGUUAUUGAUGUUGUUGAUGAUGGUCACCAAUGACUGCACAAAAGUAACGGUUUUUUUUGCACAUUGGGCUUGUGACGAGCACUUGAUGUUGCUGUGGAGAUUACGAGUUACAAAAU